AUGCAAACCUUUACCCCAGGGCAGUGGGAAGUGUCACAAGCCGACGGCUCGCUGCCUCACGAGGAGCUCACGGCUGGUCCCGUCGGGGUCUGGGCGGCAAAAGGACCCAGCAGCCGGGCGAAGCCCCCUCAGAGGGAGGGCGGGGGAGCCGCGGAAGGCGUCCGGGACCCCGGCGGCCUGCACGGGGAGCUCUCGGGGCCGAGGCUGACGAGAGCCCAGCGCCCGAGGAGCGGGCCCGCCAGCCCCGUCGCCUCAGAGGCCACUUGCUCCCGGGCCUCGCCGUCCUUUCGCGCGGGCCUGAACCGUCAAGGUCCUGUGACUCCGCCAGGGCCUCCCCGCACCAGCGGGAGACGGAGCCCGGAGGACGGGCCGGCUUCCAAGGCCCGGGGAAACGCCGCUCCUCCCACGACGGCCCGGCGACGCCUCGCGGGCAGAGAUCCCGGGAGAAGCCGCCGGCGGGCCCCACUUCCUGUGGCGGAGAGGAAGUGA